AUGAACGGCAUGGAGUUCCGUGCUGUAGUCUUCAACGCUGCCAGUGCGGGAAAUCUUCGUCGACUGAAGGUGUUUCUUGACGGUCGCACUUCCAAAGCAUGGUUGGACAGCUGUCUUAACAGCACAGAGAGUGAUAAGAUUCCACUUGUUAUCGCAUCGAGAAACGGUCACGUUGAUGUAGUGCGGUAUUUACUUGCCAAAGGAGCCGAUCCAAAUAUUGUAGGAACGGUAUCAUUUGAUGGUGAAACUAUAUACGGAGCUCCAGCAUUGUGGGCUGCGUCAGCAGCAGGGAAGUUCGAGGUCGUUCGCCUCUUGGUUGAAGAAGCAGGUGCGAACAUUAACCAAACCACUAAUACGAGCAGUACACCUCUCCGCGGUGCAUGUUAUGAUGGCCAUUUAGAGAUAGUGAAAUAUCUCGUGGAACACGGUGCAGACAUAGAAGUAGCCAAUCAGCACGGCCACACUUCUUUAAUGAUAGCUGCGUUUAGACAAAAAGUAAGUUUCUUAAGUAUCCAUUCUUUUGUGGACGUUGUAAAAUACCUUAUCAGUUGUGGUGCUAACGUCAACAGGAGUAGUAAGAAAGGUAACACAGCGAUGCACGAUGCCGUCGAAGGAGAAAACCUUGAGGUGUGCACAUUACUGUUAAGUGCUGGUGCUCGUCUAAUGCCGGAUGAGUUUGGAGUAUGUCCGCUUAUGUGCGCCGUAAUGAUAGGUGCAGACUGGGUUUUGCCCAUGUUAUUAGAACAUUGCGAGUCGAGCGAGAAACGUCGUGAUGCUCUUAAACUACUUGGAUGUACAAGGGUGGAUAAAAAGAUGGAUAUGGUUGGAGCAAUUGAGGCGUGGAAUGAUGCAAUUAAUGUUCCACUCACUGACGAGGAUAGGAAACAUGUUGAUGAGGCGAUCGAACGAUUUAUGGUUCCUGAUGUAUAUGGCGGCCUGAAAGAAAUACAAACAUUAGAGGACAUACGAGCGAUUGAGGAUAGUCCGGAUGCAAUUCGAAUGCAGGCGUUGUUGAUUCGUGAGCGUAUACUGGGUGGUGCUCAUGGUGACGUACAUUAUUACCUUCGCUUCCGAGGUGCAGUUUAUAGUGAUCUCGGUUAUUUUGAUAAAUGUUACGAGUUGUGGAGUCACGCCUUAAUUUUACAACAAACGCAUCUUACCCCACUUCAUUUAUCCACUCAAACAAUGUUCCAAGCGUUUCUGGAGACCUUCUUGCACACUUUAAAUGAUCGGGCAAUCCAUAUGGAACUUGCUGGGCGUCGAAAUUCACCGCCAAAAUACGAUAUUAUUGCUUUUGUUUUUGAGCGAGUCUGUUACGAGUUAGAAAGGCUAGUCGAGUGGGGUGAACGCCCUCUAACCGACUUAUGUAACUGCGGUGAUGAUCAUGUUCAUCAUAGCUGUGAUGAUGAGAAAAAAAGGGUGGUCUUACUUGGACUUCAACUUCUUGGCCUAAUGAAUCGUUUGUCUUUACCCAUGCAUGACGAGGAAGACGAUGAUGAUAUAAUCGAGUUCUGUAGAGCAUCGGAAUCAGUGAAGAUAGACGUCCGACGCUUGGUGAUUGUUUGUCGAGAGCUAGAAAUUCCCUUAUUACAUCUGGCUGUGAAAGAAAUCGAUGUCUCUGAUUAUGAUGGUGUGCCGUCGUAUUUUGUUGUGAAUCGACUACUUGCCUCAGGUGUAUGUGUUAAUUCAAAGGAUGCUGAUGGUAAUACCGCGUUGCAUGUAAUAUUGAAGAAUUCACAUCCAAGAAUAAGCAUUGUUCGCCUUCUGCUGGAAUAUGGUGCCUACGCCUUAGCGCGAGAUGCUAAUGGGGAAACAUGUAUUGAAAUAAUCGCAAGCAUGAUUCGGUCGUCACCGUUCUCGUACGCUUUACGAUUCGGAAAAUACAUCACUCUUAAAGGCCUAGCCGCAAAUGCAGUUCGAAGGUGUAAACUUGCGCACGAGAAUUCGAUCCCACAAGACCUAAUUUUUUUCACGGAGUUACAUUAG